UCAUCCGUUACUAAAAAAUCAGGUUUUGCGAAUAUACAAAUCGGUAACGAAAUUUAUAACAUUGUCGACACGCCAGGGAUUUUUGACACUGAUGAUCCCAACGAUGUUGUCCUAGAAGAAAUUGCUCGAACUAUCCAAAAAUGUUCUUAUGGGAUUAAGGCCAUAUUAUUCGUAAUUGGUAAAGUAAAAUUAUUUUUCGGUGAAGAGGCCCUCCAAUACAUGAUUUCUGUCUUUUCGCAUUGUAACCGUAAGCAGACAAACGAUCCUGAAUAUUUUAAAAAUGUUUCUUGGAAUCGGGAAAUGAAGGCUUUAGUCAAUUCCAUGGGUAAUCGGUGGGCUAUUUCUCCGAGCCCAGAUAUUUUCACGCUUAAUAAUCUUGUACAUAACCAACGCCUCGAAGAAUUACAAAAUCACAUUGUCUCUAUAGAUGGAGUGUAUACAAAUGAAUUACUCGAGAAAGCUCGGAAAAGACAAGAUGAAAAUGCAAGAAUUGCGAGAGAAGCAGAAGAGAAACGACAAAAAGAAUACGAUGAAAAUAAAAGGAGAGAAGGUGAAGCCAUUGCAAGGAAGAAUUAUGAGAAGCAGAAAGAAAUAGAUGAGAGAAAAACAAAUGAAAGACGAAAAAAGGAAAUCGAGGAUAUAAUGGAAUUUCUACUUAAACAAAUAAAUAGCCUAAAAAAGACAGUGGAUAAUAAGGGCUGGCCAUCAGGAUUUUUUUUCUUUGGUAUCAAGCAUGUCUUCUUUAUUUUUUCUUUCUUAUUUGUUUAUUCAAUGUUAUAUUUCUAAUCUUUAGGUUUUUUGAUUUGGUGUUUAAAGGUCUUCGGAUUUUUCGGCUCUAUGGUUAAAGUAGGUUUUUUUCUUCGAGU